AAGCUGAAGAACACCAAAAUCUAUCUUUGACCAAUCCACCAAUGAUUCAAAUACUUUUUAUUUUUGUUAUCUCUCUCUUCAAAGUUCAUCAUUCAGUGAAAUUGGGAUGUGGAAUCUGCUCUUCUGAACCUUAAAGCUUCAGCUUUUCUUCAAGUCACAGAUCACAAUCACAUAACAUUUUCCAUCAAACUAUUCAAUUUUGCCUCAAAAUCAUGUUGAGAAGGCACUCCCUUCUGAGUUCAACACCAAAACAAGUGUCCCUCUUUUUUGUCAGCCAUUUCCAUUCCACCCUUUUCACUCCAUCACCAAAACAAGUGUUCCAAACCCAUCAUCGUUGGUGGGGUUACCCCAAAAGCUUCAAACCAAGUUUCAACUCCUCCUCACCCUUUUGCAGACACAAAGCCAGCACCUUGCACAGUGGUUCCUCUGUAGAACAAAUUGAAGAUGUUGAAGUUGCUGAUGUCUGGAUGAAAAUGAAGGAUGAAGCAAGAUUUGAUGUCACUGUGGAACCCAUCUUGUCAGGUUACUACAACACUUCCAUUCUCUCUCACAAAUCAUUAGAAACGGCGUUGGCCAAUCACCUUGCCGUCAAACUCAGCAAUGCAUCCCUUCCUUGCAGCACCCUUUCUGAUCUUUUUGUCACGGUUUUGGAAACUGACGAAGCCAUCAUGGCUGCUGUGAAGAGUGAUCUGAUUGCAGUUAAGGAGAGAGACCCGGCAUGCCUGAACCUCGUGCACUGCUUCUUGAAUUUCAAAGGCUUUCUGGCGUGUCAAGCUCACAGGGUGGCUCACAAACUGUGGCUGCAGAGAAGGAAGGUUCUUGCUGUGAUGAUUCAGAACCGGGUUUCUGAGGUUUUUGCGGUGGAUAUUCAUCCGGGGGCUAAGAUUGGAAGUGGGAUUUUGCUGGAUCAUGCAACUGGGAUUGUGGUGGGAGAGACGGCUGUGAUAGGGAACAAUGUGUCAAUUCUGCAUAGUGUGACAUUGGGAGGGACUGGUAAGAUUUCUGGAGACAGGCACCCAAAAAUUGGUGAUGGGGUUCUGAUAGGUGCUGGAACUUGUAUUUUGGGGAAUAUUAAGGUUGGUGAAGGGGCAAAGAUUGGUGCUGGUUCUGUUGUCAUCAAGGAUGUUCCUCCAAGGACUACAGUUGUUGGUAACCCAGCCAAGCUGGUAGGAGGAAAGAACAACCCUGUUAAGUUGGAUAAGAUUCCCAGCUUAACCAUGGACCAUACUUCUCAUAUUUCUGAUUUCUAUGAUUAUUGUGUUUAGACCUUCAAGUGUAAUGUAGUGUAUUCCUCAAGCAUGUUUUGGAAUUUUGUGUUUAGAAUUUUAGGUGAAGUGAUUAUGAUUGAUUGGGGUGGCUCUUGUUAA